AUGACUUCUUCCAUCUCUGACGUGGCCGCAGACAGGCUCUGGCAAUUUCAAUUACGCAAAGAAAACAAAGCAAUACUCAGCCAACUGCAGAGCAGUGAGCAGAAGAGACAACUGAUGUUAGAAGAGAACGAGCGGCGAUUUCAAGUCAGCGAGGAGAAGAUGGCACGUCUCGAAAGCAAAUUGGCUGAGCUGGAGCGACGAUAUGCGAGCAAGCUAGAGGUGCUCGAGCAAUGUCAUACGGAGCAGCAGGCACAGUGGACAGCUACAGAGGCGCAGCUCCAACGCAUCGCCGGUACCUAUGAACCCGAGCCGCCGUCUAGCAAAUCCCCCCCGCCUCCCCUCCAACAGGCAGCGGCGGGCCUCAACUCAUAUCUGGUGCAGGCAACAGCUCGGCUCGGCGCCUUCCCCUCCCCUAGCGAGGCCAUGGAGAUUGAGUUAGUCAAUGCCUUUAUCGCUGGCAUGUCAAGCCCCUCGGAGCGCCAGCAGCUGACGGCAUGGCUACAGCAAGUCCAUCCAUCGACUCAGAAGAAGGACGGGCGUAUCGAGAUUCUCUGUGAUUGGGUCAGCUUAAAGGAUGCUCUGCAAAAUGUUGGCCUGCUUGAGGCAGAAAAGGAUAGUAUUUACUCCAUCAGGACUCAUGACGAGCAAGAACGGGAUACUAGCUUUCGGUGA